GUUAUAACAACAACAACAACAGUAGUACAGUACUUAUUACACACAUUUACAUUACAUUACCCCAAACACAUCCUUUCUCUCUCUAACUUUCCCACUCUCUUUAUCCAGCAACCAAGCUCGUUGAAGACAAGCGCGUCAAAACGCUCAUUAUUCACAGCAGAAGAAGAAGAAGAAGAAGAACCAAACAAACAAGGAACAUAGAAACCCAACCUCCUUCUUCUCUUCUCUCGUGAUUCGCGUCCUCCCAACCAAUAUCUUCACCGAAUCUCCUUCAUUUAUACCAAAGGCGGCGACCAUUUAUUUCCUAUUUCUGACGCCAUUUUUCUCUGUGCACCACUCUCCCAAAUUACUAAAUUUUACCGUCAAAAAAAGAAAAGAAUACUUCUUCUUUUUCACCGCAUUCAAUUCAUUCCAUUGCGUAACACGCUUCCUCUCCUAGUUCUCACUUUCCACCCCCUUCUUUUUCUUCUUCUACAACCUUCCUUCCUUGUUCCUUCGUAAAUGCUUCUUUGAACAAGUUUUUUUUUUUUUUUUUUUUCUGGUGGAGACUCAAAAGAUCGUUGUGAAGGUUUAUACAUAGUAAAAGUUGAACUACUCUAUUUACACACGCACGCUCGCACGCGCGUUUUGUUGGUGAGGUUGUUUUUGUUUUGUUGACAUAGGAGGAAACGAACCAAACGGUGGACUGCCUUGUCUUUUUCUCUCAAACUCAUUCUAAGAACGUUUGUGUGUGUGUGUGUUUUUGGUUUUUUAAUAAAAAAAUAGUUUUUUUUUGUGUGUGUGUGGUGGCUUUUUUGGUUUGGUUUGAAGGAGAGAAAAAUUAGAAAGAGAAAAAAAUGAAGUUUAUGAAGUUGGGUUCGAAGCCUGAUGCUCUUCAAAGCGAUGGAAAAUCUAUCAGGGGGGUGGGGUGAGUUGUGACAAGCCUUUUUGGAUUUUGGAGCUAUUUGAUUGUUAUCAAGAUGUAAAAUUUAACUAAUUCUUUGUCACAUUGUGGUGAACAGCUUGCAUCUUUGUUUAAUACUUCUGGUUGCUAGUUUUUGACUUCCUGAAUUUAUUUUCUUCUGUCAUAAUUUUGUGAUGAUGUGACAUGACAUGAUCCUGCAUGCAUACCUUGCAUGUGUGACUUCAUUAUAUUAUGGGGGUAUAUAUCAUCUGAAUUGGCUACAGAUAUUAUCAUAACUGUUGGUGAAGUUAAGUUUCACCUGCACAAGUUCCCUCUACUGUCCAAGAGUAAUAGUUUACAAAAGUUGCUGUCAAAGGCUAAUGAAGAGAAUGCUGAUGAAAUUCAAUUGGAUGAUUUUCCUGGUGGUCCCAAGGCCUUUGAAAUAUGUGCAAAGUUCUGCUAUGGAAUGACUGUUACUCUUAAUGCUUACAAUGUUGUGGCUGCUCGUUGCGCCGCUGAGUACCUUGAGAUGACUGAGGAUAUUGAUAGAGGAAACUUGAUUUUCAAAAUUGAGGUGUUUCUUACCUCGAGUAUCUUUCGCAGCUGGAAGGAUUCUAUAAUUGUUCUCCAAACUACUAAAUCUCUUCUACCGUGGGCUGAGGACUUAAAGAUUGUUGGGAGAUGUAUAGAUUCCAUAGCUUCUAAAACUUCUGUGGAUCCUGCAAACAUCACUUGGUCUUACACUUAUAACCGUAAAUUAUCGGAGCUUGAUAAAAUCGUUGAGGACAAGAUAACACCACAAGAGAAAAUUGAGCCUGUUCCUAAGGAUUGGUGGGUUGAAGAUAUAUGUGAGCUGGACAUUGAUCUUUAUAAACGUGUAAUGAUUACUGUCAAGUCAAAGGGAAGAAUGGACGGAGUUGUGAUUGGCGAGGCACUAAAAAUCUAUGCUGUAAGAUGGUUGCCUGAUUCUGUUGAUGCAUUGGUUUCUGAUGCUCAUGCCUGGAGGAACAAAUCUCUUGUAGAAACAAUUGUCUGUUUGUUGCCGUGUGAUAAUGGCAUGGGUUGUUCGUGUAGUUUCUUGCUGAAGCUACUGAAAGUGGCCAUAUUAGUUGAAGCUGAUGAGUCUUCUAGGGGACAAUUGAUGAAGAGCAUUGGUCUAAAAUUUCAUGAAGCUUCUGUCAAAGAUUUACUGAUUCCAGCAAGGUUCCCCCAGAAUACCAAAUAUGAUGUUGAUUUGGUGCAAGAUCUUUUGAAUCUAUACAUGACUAACAUAAAGGGAAGCCGUGAUGUGGUGGUUGAGGAGAAGAAAGAUAGAGCAAAUGAUGAGUCAAUUUUAGGACAGAGGUCUUUGUUGAAUGUUGGCAAGUUGGUUGAUGGUUAUCUUGGAGAAAUUGCACAUGAUCCAAAUCUCAGCCUCUCUAGCUUUGUUGCUCUAUCACAGUCAAUUCCAGAGUUUGCUAGACCAAAUCAUGAUGGUCUGUACAGAGCUAUAGACGUAUACUUGAAGGAGCACCCAAGUUUGACAAAAUCUGAAAGGAAGAACAUAUGUGGACUAAUGGAUGUCAAGAAAUUGACAGUAGAAGCAUCGAUGCAUGCUGCACAGAAUGAACGCCUUCCUCUUCGAGUUGUGGUGCAGGUUCUCUAUUUUGAGCAGGUCAGAGCUGCUUCCAAUGCUCGUGCACUCGGCAACAGUCCACACAAUUCUACAAACACUCAUGUCAACGGAGACGAGGAGUGUGCGAAAUCGGGGGGAGAAAGCUGCCAAUCCCUCGACAACCAGAUGUGUCACAUGAAGAUUAGAGAUGAACAGUUGCAAAAGAAUGGGAAGUUGAACAAGAAGAGUAGCAAGAACAGCAGAAGUGGCAUGCAGUUGCUGCCAUCUAGGUCAAGGAGAAUCUUUGACAAGCUAUGGAUUGUUGGUAAGGGACAAGGAGAAAAUAGAAGCUCAGAGACCUCAGGGAGUUCCAAUAGCCCUACUUCUGUAGUCCCUGGAGAUACCAAAUCAUCUGGCUCAUCAUUGAGACACAGGAGGCAUUCUAUCUCUUAGGGAAUUUUCAUAAUUUAAACUUGUGCAAGGAGAGUUAAGUUGCUGUGAAGUGUAAAAAGUGUUAGGAUGUUAAAUCUUGUGUUAUUUAAUAUGCAUAUGCACAGAAUCAGGAAAAAGGUCUCACUAUUAGAAUUGCAAAAAAAAAAAUGUGGUGACAAUACUAUAUUGUGUCUUAAUGUGUAUCAUUCUGGCUAAUGUAUUAUUUGUCUUGGGUCCUUCAGAAAUCUUCAUUGGGGUAGGGAUCUUUAGGUUUUAUUCAACUACUACUACUACCCUUUUGUAUAGAAUCACGAUCCUUAAUUACAUUCCAAGUGCUGGUUUGUGGAUUUCCGUUUUUAUUAUGUUAAUUGUUUGAUUCACGUUAAUAGAGAUAUAAAGGCUUUCGUAA